AGGUAGUUGAGUCUCAAGCGGCGCGAGCUGAAACUUGAGGAACAUGGCGAAGACCUUGAAGCUGGCGCUGAGCGCUUUGGCCUUCGCUCAGGCCCACAAGCCUCGUGCUGAUGUGGAGCAAGCCUUCGAUCAGUUCCUGAAGGAUUUUGACAAGAGCUACGACGACGUCGAGAAGCAGGCCCGCUUUGCUGCCUUUGCCGAGAAUUACGAGUACAUCCAGCGCGAGAACGCCAAGAAGCUGUCGUACAAGCUGGGUCUCAACGAGUUUUCGGACAUGACCCUGGACGAGUUCAAGAUGGGCAUGCUGGGCAUGAACAUGCCGGAGUCAGUCUGGGGCAACGUGGCGAGCGGGGGAGUGCACAAAGUGAGCAACGCGAGCCUGCCAAAAUCUGUCGACUGGAGAGGAAAGGCAGUGACCCCGGUGAAGAACCAGCAGCAGUGCGGAUCUUGCUGGGCUUUCAGCACCACCGGCGCGUUGGAGGGGGCCUGGGCCCUCGCGACUGGCAAGCUGGUGUCCCUGUCCGAGCAGCAGCUGGUGGAUUGCUCCAAGAAGUUCGGCAACCAGGGCUGCAGCGGCGGCCUCAUGGACAACGGCUUCAAGUACGAGGAGCAGGCGCCGGUGUGCACGGAGGACAGCUAUCCCUACACUGCCAAGAACGGCAUCUGCAAGGCUUCCGGCUGCACGGUGGGCAUCCCGGCCCACGGUGUGACCAGCUACGUGGACGUGAAGGCGGACGACGAGCAGGCUCUCAUGGAUGCGGUGGCCAAGCAGCCGGUGUCCGUUGCCAUUGAGGCGGACCAGAUGGCCUUCCAGAUGUACAAGAGCGGCGUGCUCACGAAGACCUGCGGCACCAAGCUGGACCACGGCGUGCUGGUGGUGGGCUACGGCACGGAGGACGGCACGGACUACUGGCUGGUGAAGAACAGCUGGGGCGCUACCUGGGGAGAGCAGGGCUUCGUGAAGCUGGAGCGUGGCAAGGCCGGCCCCGGCGAGUGCGGCAUCAAGUCGCAGGCCUCUUACCCGGUGGUGUCCGGCUCCGGCCCCUCUCCUUCCCCGCCAUCCCCGCCAUCCCCGCCGUCCCCGCCGUCUCCUCCGUCCCCGCCCUCCCCUCCCAGCAAGAGCCACUACGAGAAGCCGCCCUGCCAGAGCGACGAGACCCAGGCCGAGGUGGAGGGUGCUGGCGGCAGCGUCUGCGCGCCCAAGUGCAACACCGGCGCCUGCCCCAGCGACGUGCCGGCAGGCACCACCGCGCACCCCAUGUGCAUCCUGCAGGACAGCAGCAGCGGCGACAAGUACUGCGCACUUGCAUGCAUCGUGGGCGGCUGCCCCAGCGGUUCCAAGUGCGUCCACCUCUCCAGCCUUCUGGGCAUUUGCGUCUACCCCGACUCCAAGCCUGCUCCUUUGAAGCUUGGGCUCGCCACAGGCACUGAGAUGGUUAUCUGAGUUGCUGCGUCCAAAGCGCCUGGCAGCCUUGACAGCUUGAGUCGGACAGCUUGAGGGCUGGACAGACAGACGUUGUCAAUACCUUCAAUUGAUGUGCGUUUGAUGCAGUGCUGAGCUGCUUGAGCUGGCCUGCGUCUCCAGCAUGUCACAGCUUUUGGCAUAGAGAGCCCAGAAGCAAAACGGGAUUGCAAGUUGCUGUCAGCCGUUUGCCUCUUCGUGUGUUUGCGAAGGAGUUAGCAUCUUCUUGCUUGCAGGUUUUUGUGCAUACCAGGCAUCAAGGAAGGC